AUCGCCCCCGUGUAAUUAUCGGAAAAAAACUCGAAGAACGUGUCUCGGCCACCAUUCUUCUGCCCCGAGCGACAUCCGCCAUCGUCGAGGCAACUGGUCGAUUGAGUCACGUGACGUACUAGCCGCUCCCAUCAAGCACCAUUCCCUGCCACAAGCAGUCGUCGACGCAACAUUGGGCCAUGUACGAUGAUUAUCCUCUGGCGGAUGCAGAGGUGUCGGACGAUGACGACGACGUGGAAAUGGUACUCAAAGGCGGCGGGUUUAGCCCCACGACCGAUUUGUCGGUGGUGACCGAGUUGCCGUCGACGUACCUCCGUGCCUCUCGCGUUCGGUCGGUCGUUCGAAUCCGCAGCACUUACGAUGACGACGAGCACAUGCCCACAACCCCCGAACAGGCACACACAUACGGCGCGACGCCACCCUCCCACGACGCCAAGAAUCAACGCACGCCGAACACUGACAGUGGCAACCGGCAACACCAUGUUGCUUUCAUCCUCCACCGGUCACCAGAGAUGAACGUCCAGCGAUCUGCGCAGUACACGGUGCUGCUGGCGCGGCAAAAGGAGCGAUAUUGGAACGUGACGCCCGCGAGCGUCGAAUUCCUCGUUGAGCGGUCGCUGGACUUUGUCGGGAGCUUUCGCGGGCGCAGCACGGCCAAGACGGUCGCGCGGUACAUCUUAUGGAAGCAUUUUACUGGGUUGCUCGAUUCGAAACGCUCGUUGGAGCGCAAACUGCGCGCGGCGCGGAUGUCCAAGGACCCCAUGGCCUCCUCCUCGCGCCGCCGAGACGCUCCUUCGUCCACCAUCACAGCGCCUCCUUCCAACGACGACACGGACGGAUUCGCACGAUACAAAGGCGUCAAGCCGCACAGCAUGGCCGAGUCGGUGAUCCUCGAUCGUCUCAAGCAGACGUUGAAGUGCUCGACACUCAAGCGCGACCCCGCGACCUCGGACCCCCAUCAUCGCCGCAAGAAGGCCAAAACACCAAAGCACACAUCAAGUAGUAGGAGCGUGGACGGGAAGCGUUCGUUCUUCACCGAUACGGCCGCGCCUUCGUAUGCCGACAAGGCCAAGCAACCGAUGGACCCGAGGCGGAGGGUGCUGGUGCCAUCAUCCCCUUCGGUGGUCAGCCAGCAGCCCCCCCCCGCCGACCCGCGUCGCCGCCGCCGACCGCUACUCAACGAACUCCCGACCUCGUCGAAAGCUUCGAAAUCGCCCAUCCAGGAGCAGCACCAUCAUACUUUGGACCGAGCAUAUGCCGACUUUGCCGCGUCGCCCAAGCCGAGGAAGCGCGCGCGGACAGACCCGUCGCCGCGGCCCCUGUACAUCCCGCCCACAUCCCACGUCACAGGCGCAUCGGCGAGCUUGCCGGAAAACUGGAAGUGGCGCCCGCUCACGCAAGACAUCAAGCCGAUCCGGCCGUUCGACGGCAUGUCGGUGGAGCAGAUCGAGGACCAUCUCCGGUCCAUCAAGGUAGAGGGACGCGUGAGUCGGUUCCGCCGCUUUGGCGCGUUGCUGCAAAAGCUCAUGGACCACCCGCGCAACUGCGGCGGUGUGUUUAAUACCCCCGUGGACCCCGUCGGGAUGAACCUGCCCACGUACACGUCGAUUGUCCGGCACCCCAUGGAUCUAGGUACGAUCAAGGCGCGCCUCGAGUCGGCGCAGUACGCGUCGCCGGAACAGAUCGCGGCGGACGUCCGGCUCGUGUUUACCAAUGCGAUGGCGUUCAACGCACGCAACCACUGGGUGCAUGUGAACGCCGAUGCGCUGCUAGCCCACUUUAACGAGACAUGGAGCGUGGACAAGUUAGACGAGUCGAAGGCGGGAGGGCAUGCGUGCGAUGUGUGCUGCGGGCACACGUGCGCGGCGUGCGACCAGCGGUGCCUCGAGCUGCUGGUGCCGUUCAGCCAGUGCUUUGGCAACUGCGGCACGACAUUCCGCAAGGGGUCGACGUACUUUGUCACGCGCGACGGCACCCGCGUAUGGUGCGCCAAGUGCCGCAACAAGAGCAUGAAGGAGGAGCGGAUCCUUCAGGAGGACGACGAAUGCUUCCAGAACCCGCUGCUGAGCCGGCGCAACACGCUGCCCACCGCGUCCGAGGUGAGCGCGUGGCUGGUCAAGCGAAAGAUGGACGUCGGCGUCGAGCCGUGGGUGUGCUGCAGCUGCUGCGGCCGCUGGAUGCACCAGGUGUGUGUGCUGUUCAACCCCGUGGAAGCUGCGUACGACACGGCCAACAAGUUUGUGUGUCCGCACUGCCAGCUCCAGUCUCGCCGGAUGUCAAGCAUCCCCCCUAGCUUUCUAGACUGCACAUCGUUACCUGAGACCGAGCUGAGCCGGUUCCUUGAGGCCAAUCUGGGCGACGCCGCCGGCGAUGCCAUCGACUCGCUGUGUGUGCGCACUAUGACGUUUACCGGCCAAGAGUCGCAUCUGCCGACGGAGAUGGUGCAUCUGUUUCAAUCCAACGCCCGCGUCGUGCGGCAGCAUGGUACUACGAGGGAGGACUUGGUCGUAGACGUGCCCGACAAGCUCACGCACAACACCAAGACGAUCUUUUUGUUCCAGAAACAUCACGGCGUCGAUGUAUGUUUGUUUGCCAUGUACGUGCAAGAGUACGACGACUCGGUCGAGUACGCCCCCAACCGACGCAGCGUCUACCUCGCCUACAUUGACAGCGUCCGAUACAUGGAGCCUGCGAGUAUCCGCACGGGGGUGUACCAUAGCAUCCUCACGUCGUACUUUGAUUACAUUCGGCGCCACGGCAUGGAGCGCGUGUAUAUUUGGUCGUGUCCGCCGCAGCGUAGCCAGAGUUAUGUAUUUUGGUGUCACCCGCCGUUUCAAAAGACGCCCAGUGGUGACCACCUGCGCUCGUGGUACAAGCAGGUACUGGAUAAGGCCCAAGCCCGCGGCAUCAUCCAGUCGUAUGGGACGCUGUACGACCGACACGUGGCCGAUGUGGCGGCGCAGUGGAAGAAGGAUGCGGCCAAGGGGGACGGCGGGGGCGGCUCGUCGUUUCUGUGGCCGGGGGGCACGGGUAUGCUGCCGCUGUUUGACGGCGACUUUAUCCCGGGCGAGCUGGACCGCAUCGCCCGCGCACUCAAGGCCAAGCACAAGCCCCGCCGCGACAAGGAACCCCCGACUCCCCCCUGCUUAAAAGACGCGUUUGCAUCGUUCUUAACCGCUAUGAAAGCCAUGCGCGAUGACUUGCUCCAGGUCGACUUGUGUCGUUCAAACGAGGGAGCGGUCGUCCCCGCAAAGGACCCCCCCACGAAACUGCCGCCGUUCGUCGGGUCGCGCUUCGCCUUCCACCAGAUGAGCUCCCAUGCAUCGUACCAGUUUGACUCACUCCGCCGCGCCAAGCACUCGACCAUGAUGCUGCUCCACCAAAUGAUCAAUGCGUCCGUGCCCCAGUGCAACACGUUUUGCCACGAGUGCGCACUCCUCAUCACCCACGCCGACCAUUGGUUCUGCCGAACAUGUGCCCACUUUUCCCUCUGUGACUGGUGCCAUGCCCACCACGGCCCCGACCACCCGCACCUCCUCUAUCGAGGGCUCGACGAUGACGAAGGCACCUAACGACGACAUAACGAAUAGGAUGUAAUAGCGUAUUUUAUGCACAUAUUACUAGAUGUGUG